AUUAUUAUUAUAAUUAACAUUAUUUGAUUUUUAACUUAUUACUCCAAACCAGACACAUCUAGAUUUCUAUUUAUUUUGCCCUCCUUGACCUAGAUAACUUUCCUAGAAGGUGUAUGACGGGGGACUAGGGAGAGAUACUAAGGGUUUUUACCAGGCCACCAUUCGUGUCAGAAUAAUCCUCUCAUGUAAGGCAGUUAUUCUACCAACAGGAUCAGUUGCUCUAGGCUAGCUGAAUGGAGAGUAGAGCAUUUGUCUAAUAUAUGUAACAUCGAAGUUUCUGUGAGGUUUCAGAAGUAUAAUUAGGGAGGAGGUAUCACAGUGAGGGGAGCACAUUCUUUGGUGGAAUUUGAAUCCUGGCUUUCUUUGCUGGGUGUUAGGAAUAAGUGUCUCUGUGUGUGGUUUAUUUGAGCUGCUUUUGUUUAAAAGGCAACUUUUAGUUUGUACUGUGUUUCUUAGAACAAUUAACUGUGUUUACAAACAAAAUGAUGAAGACUGAAAGUGUUUCAUCUUCUGUGUAUUUUGUUUAUAGAUUUGGCUUGAGGAUUUUGAGUUCUUGUGUGAAAAUUCUAUAAAAGUUACACUAUUGGAUAAAGAAAACAAACUUUUCUGACAAAGUUUGGUACUACUGAGGGCAGUAAGUGUUUGGUUCAAGAAAGAAUCAAUGGAGCUGGUCACUUCUGUGGGGCUCCCCCUGUUUUUGAGGUGUGCUCUGUUGUUUAAGUCUAUUGUGCAGUAAAUAGGGACUGGUGCUCAUAGCUCAUGCUUGUAAUCCUAGCUACUUAGGAUGCUGAAUGUUGAAGACUGAUUUGAAGUGAAGCCAUCUGGGGCAGGGAUGUCCAUGAGACGCUUUUCUCCCAUUAUGCGGCAAAAAGCCAGAAGCGGAGCUGUUGCUCAAGUGGCAGGGCACUCAUUAGUCUUGAGUGAAAACCCUAAAGGAUAAUGUGCAAGCCCAAGUUCAAGUGUUUAUGCACAUGUGUGUGUAUGUAUACACACACACUAUAAUGAAAUAAAGCAAAUGUACCAGCUUUGGCUAGCAAACUUGUCUUUAUAGGAGGUUUCAGAAAAAAUGAAAGUGAUUUUUUCUCUUUGAGUGAACAAUGUGAACUAUUGUCACUUACUCUGGUAUUAACAAUUUCUAAAUUGGUAAUGGAAGAAAUCUUCUAAGUUAAGAUUUGUAUUAAAUACAUCUGUUUUUAGUGGUUUCUUUGACAGCUCAGAAGUUUAGCGGCAACUGCUUGCACAGGUACUAUUUCAGAACAUGUUGUGGUGUGUGGAUGGAAGUAAGUCUGAUUGGCAGAGCAUGCUGAGGCAGGCAGUUAUGGAGUUAUGUUUAUUUAGCAAGUGCACACUUUUAUGUAGCUGUGUUACUUACUGUGGCCCAAGUUGAAUGAAGGUUGGAUCUGUUUUAUCCUGCACUCCCUUCCUGAGUGACUACCUCAUCAGUAUCCCACUGUACUCGAGGGACCACCUUAUUCAUACUCCCAGUGAAAUGGAAGAUGAAGAUGAGAAGCAAGUUGAUUUUGGUGAUCUACUCCAGCAGGCUCUUUCUGUAGGAAAAAAAGUCUGCCUCUUUGUUUUCAUGUGUCUUUUCCAGGAGAAGAGAUCAGAGCUGAUUUCAGAGUUUGAAUUUAGUGUCUAGUAAUGACUUGAUGAUCAAAUCCUAGGAAUGUAGCAACAUGUGUACAGAAGCCUCUCAACUCUCCAAACACAGUUAAUCUGGGACUUUAGUCAGAUCAAGAAGUAGACAGAAUUCAGCCAUGGCCCCGAGGAAGAGAGGUGGUCGGGGGAUUUCAUUCAUCUUUUGCUGUUUCCGAAAUAAUGACCACCCAGAAAUCACGUAUCGAUUGAGAAAUGAUAGCAACUUCGCUCUUCAAACCAUGGAGCCAGCAUUACCCAUGCCCCCUGUGGAGGAGCUGGAUAUCAUGUUCAGUGAACUUGUGGAUGAACUUGACCUCACAGACAAGCAUAGGGAAGCCAUGUUUGCACUUCCAGCUGAGAAAAAGUGGCAAAUAUACUGUAGUAAGAAAAAGGACCAGGAAGAAAACAAGGGAGCAACAAGCUGGCCUGAGUUCUACAUUGAUCAGCUAAAUUCCAUGGCUGCUAGAAAGUCUCUGCUGGCUCUAGAGAAGGAAGAAGAAGAAGAAAGAAGUAAAACUAUAGAGAGUCUAAAAACAGCAUUAAGAACAAAACCAAUGAGGUUUGUAACCAGAUUCAUUGACUUGGAUGGCCUGUCAUGUAUUCUUAACUUUCUGAAGACCAUGGACUAUGAGACCUCUGAGUCUCGAAUACAUACCUCUCUUAUUGGCUGUAUAAAGGCACUAAUGAAUAACUCUCAAGGCCGGGCUCACGUCCUGGCUCAUUCUGAAAGCAUUAAUGUAAUUGCUCAGAGUCUAAGCACAGAAAACAUUAAGACAAAGGUGGCUGUGCUAGAAAUCUUGGGCGCUGUGUGCCUGGUUCCUGGGGGCCACAAGAAAGUUCUACAGGCCAUGCUGCACUACCAGAAGUAUGCCAGUGAGAGAACUCGCUUCCAGACAUUAAUUAAUGACUUGGACAAAAGCACUGGACGGUAUCGAGAUGAAGUGAGUCUCAAGACUGCCAUCAUGUCCUUUAUCAAUGCAGUGCUAAGCCAAGGCGCAGGAGUGGAGAGUUUGGACUUUAGACUUCAUCUUCGCUAUGAAUUUCUUAUGUUAGGAAUCCAACCUGUUAUAGACAAAUUACGGGAACAUGAAAAUUCAACAUUAGAUAGACAUUUAGAUUUUUUUGAAAUGCUCCGAAAUGAAGAUGAACUAGAAUUUGCCAAAAGAUUUGAACUGGUUCACAUAGACACAAAAAGUGCAACUCAGAUGUUUGAGCUGACCAGGAAGAGGCUGACGCACAGUGAAGCUUACCCUCACUUUAUGUCCAUCCUGCACCACUGCCUCCAGAUGCCUUACAAGAGGAGUGGAAACACUGUUCAGUACUGGCUACUGCUAGAUAGAAUCAUACAGCAAAUAGUUAUCCAGAAUGACAAAGGACAAGACCCUGAUUCCACACCCUUGGAGAACUUUAACAUUAAGAAUGUUGUACGAAUGUUAGUUAACGAAAAUGAAGUUAAGCAGUGGAAAGAACAAGCAGAAAAAAUGAGAAAAGAGCACAAUGAGCUACAACAGAAAUUGGAGAAGAAAGAGCGAGAAUGUGAUGCCAAGACUCAAGAGAAGGAAGAAAUGAUGCAGACCUUAAAUAAAAUGAAAGAGAAACUUGAAAAGGAGACUACUGAGCAUAAGCAAGUCAAACAGCAAGUGGCAGAUCUCACAGCACAACUCCACGAGCUCAACAGAAGAGCUGUCUGUGCUUCCAUCCCAGGAGGUCCAUCACCUGGAGCCCCAGGGGGUCCCUUUCCUUCCUCUGGGCUUGGGUCACUUCUUCCUCCACCCCCUCCUCCCCUGCCAAGUGGAAUGCUUCCUCCCCCAGCCCCACCCCUUCCUCCUGGUGGUCCUCCUCCUCCCCCAGGACCUCCUCCCUUAGGAGGGAUCAUGCCACCUCCUGGUGCUCCAGUGGGUCUGGCACUCAAGAAGAAAAACAUUCCUCAGCCCACAAAUGCCCUGAAAUCCUUCAACUGGUCUAAGCUGCCUGAGAGCAAACUGGAAGGAACAGUAUGGACCGAAAUUGAUGAUGCGAAAGUCUUCAAAGUUCUAGAUCUUGAAGACCUGGAAAGAACUUUCUCUGCCUACCAAAGACAGCAGAAAGAAGCAGAUGCCAUUGAUGACACACUGAGUUCCAAACUUAAAGUCAAAGAGCUGUCAGUGAUUGAUGGCCGGAGAGCUCAGAAUUGCAACAUCCUUCUGUCAAGGUUGAAAUUGUCUAAUGAUGAAAUCAAGCGGGCAAUUCUAACAAUGGACGAACAGGAAGAUCUGCCCAAAGAUAUGUUGGAACAGCUUUUGAAAUUUGUUCCUGAAAAAAGUGAUAUUGACCUGUUGGAGGAGCACAAGCAUGAAUUGGAUCGGAUGGCCAAAGCAGAUCGAUUCCUCUUUGAAAUGAGCCGAAUUAAUCAUUAUCAGCAAAGAUUGCAAUCACUGUACUUCAAAAAGAAGUUUGCAGAGCGUGUAGCAGAAGUGAAGCCCAAAGUAGAAGCAAUUCGUUCCAGCUCAGAGGAAAUAUUUAGAAGUGGUGCUCUCAAACAGUUGUUAGAGGUGGUUUUGGCAUUUGGAAAUUACAUGAAUAAAGGCCAAAGAGGCAAUGCCUACGGAUUCAAGAUAUCCAGCCUCAACAAGAUUGCAGACACAAAAUCUAGUAUUGACAAGAACAUUACCCUUUUGCACUAUCUUAUCACUAUUGUGGAAAAUAAAUACCCCAAGGUUCUCAACCUAAAUGAAGAAUUGAGGGAUAUUCCCCAAGCAGCGAAAGUAAACAUGACUGAGCUGGACAAAGAAAUAAAUACCUUGAGAAGUGGCUUGAAAGCAGUAGAGACAGAGUUGGAGUAUCAGAAGACUCAGCCCCCACAGCCUGGAGAUAAGUUUGUGUCUGUUGUGAGCCAGUUCAUCACCGUUGCCAGCUUCAGCUUCUCUGAUGUUGAGGAUCUUCUAGCAGAAGCUAAAGACUUGUUUACUAAAGCAGUGAAGCACUUUGGGGAGGAGGCUGGCAAAAUACAGCCAGAUGAGUUCUUUGGCAUUUUUGAUCAGUUUCUUCAAGCUGUGUCCGAAGCCAAACAAGAGAAUGAAAACAUGAGAAAGAAGAAGGAAGAAGAAGAGCGCCGAGCUCGCAUGGAAGCACAGCUCAAAGAGCAACGGGAACGGGAAAGGAGAAUGAGAAAAGCAAGAGAGAACAGUGAAGAAAGCGGGGAGUUUGAUGACCUUGUUUCAGCUUUACGCUCUGGAGAAGUGUUUGACAAAGACCUUUCUAAACUGAAACGGAACCGAAAACGCAUUUCCAACCAGGUGACCGACAGCAGCCGAGAAAGACCAGUCACAAAACUUAAUUUUUAAUUUUCCUUGAAAUACUUUUCUUGAAAGCUCAGUAGCAACCCUUUGAAGUGACUAGACUGUUUCAUUACACUGCCUUGCAAUCCAAACCAUGGCAAUUUCUUCCCUCACCUGUGAGUGAACGUGUGAAUGUGUGUGGAUGUGGAUGUAAAUGUAUGUGUACAUAUAUAUAUAUUAAAAUGUAUAUAGACGUCUGAGUGUCGUCUGGAGACCUAUAUGUAUGGUUAAAAUUUUUAUGUUAAUGUAUGUUCUCACAAAUCUUUCAUGUAUUCAUUCAUAUUGAGUAUGGCUUAUUUUCUUUCCCUGAACACUAAAUUUGUUCAGAAGCACAAUACUAUCUCGUAAAAGAGAUAAACAGACAUUCCCUACCUUACAAAAAUGGGGGUAGAGGGAGAAAACAGCAACAACAAAAAAAAAGGCUUGUGAAAUAUUUUAUGAUUUCCCAAGCUUGGUAUAAUUUGAAAUUACUUUUAUCAAUGGAAAUGGAGUUGGAAAAUUAUAGAUUUAAAAUGGUUUUUAAUGGCUGACAGUGUGAUGCUUGGUGCAUCAUAUUAAUUAAAUUAACAGGACAAGCUGAGAAUUCCUGACAUAGAUGUGGGGAUAGUCUGUCAGUGUUUAUUGAGAACAUCUUGCACACGAUUUGUAUUAUGUAGAAUGUCAAUCAAAAUUAUUUUAUAUAUUUAAAAUUUGAACAUCAGUUUGUUCCCCCUAAUUUCAAGUUUUCUGCCAAGUGCUCUUGAUGAUUUCUUUAUAUUGCUUUUGGAAGGAAAAAUAAUUUUUUUAAAAAAGAAACACUUUCUAAAUGUAAUCCAUACCCUUGUUAUAGGACAAGAUUUCCAUAAUAUGUUUGUUGGCUCUAACAAUAUGGAUAUGCGGAUCUUAAAAAUAAAAUUCCCCACCCAAGACUUAGAGGAAAGUUUCCUUGAAGGGAUAAACAUUAUUUUUUUUUAAUUAAGAUUUUUUUACGGGGUGCCUUUUUGGUUGGUUUUUUGUUUUUCUGUAUUUUCUAUUUUCAGCUGCGUCUUUUGUAAAUACAGGGCUGGACUGAAAGACACUCAAGAUUGUACACAAAGUGUCAACCAUGUCCUCAGAGAUGCCUACAUCUAUUUAUCUCAAAGAAUAUUGAAGUGGUUUGCUUGCUGUUAUAUGUUGUCAUUUUAAAUUGUGUGUCAAUAAAGCUACCUGUAAAUUUUCAGUCCAAAAAAAAUAAAAUAAAGCUCUCAGGGAAAAAUGAAUGAAAACAAUGAACAUUAGAAAAUAAAGAUAUAGAUACUUAUCAUUAACCUACCAACUCCUACUAUCCUUAAAUUAUAUGAUAUAUAAAGAGGACUGUUACUUUUUUUUCCUUUGGCUUUAUUUAUUUGUAGUUGGGGGAUGGGGCUAUCAUUUUUCUCUUCUCUUUCCGUCUAUCCUGUUGUGGUUGGGUUUCCUGUGGAGACAAUAGUUUUUCCUGUUGCACUCGAACAUUGUUACUCACUAAAUUGAGUUUCUCAGUCAACUCAUAUUUAUUAAGAAUCUACUGUGUACCAGGUACAGUAGAGCUACGGUAGUAAGCAAGACAAGAGUUCCUAGCACCCAAGGAGCUUUCAUUCUGAUGGGGGUUUUCAGGAAUGAAUAGGAUAAUAUCCAUGUGUGCGCUGUACAGGCAUCUUCAUAUUUAGAAGUCAUUUGUAUAAACUCUAAUUCAUGGUGCAGAUGGCAGAGUAUCUGCGCUGUGUGAAAGCUGUGAAAUCGUGCUCUAAGAGUUGUCAAGAGCUGUGAUUUUUACAUUUGUUUCCCCUCAUUGCAAACUUAGCGACUUUCUAUUCAUUAUACAGAAGUAAAGGACUCUUGCAAAUAAAGCAGUUAUACAUACAAAGCAGAGGUGUUACUCUUCAAACCCUGAGUUAACCAGAGUCUGCAAAUUCACCUUGCUCAAGGUGCAGAUGGAGACUUGGUUCAAAAACAAACUUGGAGAGGAGAAAGACUGGGAUAGAAUGAUGGUUUUCUCUGUUCCUGAACUGAAGUGCCUCUAUGUAUAUUCUUUUCUAUUUAUAGCAGGAGAAAUUUGGUAUGGCUCCAUUUUGGAACUGUAUUUUGAAAAUGACUUUAUCUUACAGAGUAAGGAAUGGGGCAGUGGAAAGAGAGUCACAUAAGGAGCAAGUUUGUGUCAUAUGUCCCUCUUGCCCUUUUUAAAUCACCCUCAUUUUGAUAUGGCCAUCCUGGCAGGCCUCUUUUGCCAUUUCCACUUUUGCUUUCUUUUCGUAAAAACUGUGUGCAGGUAAUUCCAUGUGCCAUUGUUGGAGGAAAAAAAUUAUAAACUACUUUUUAGACUGGUGCUAGUGUAAGUAGCUACUUUUCUCUCUUGGGUGUGUAUUUUAAAGUUUUUGUUUGUUUGUUUGUUUUAAAUUAAUGCCAAAAAGAAAAUGCAUUAUAAUUUGUAAUAUGUCUUGUAUCUUCUUAGCUUAAUAAUUAGAACCACUUAGUCUUUAGGUGCAAGACUAUUGGUAUAGUACCAAGAAAAAAAAAGUCAGAUGUGUUAUGAGACUGUACAUUUUUAAAAAAGAAAAUAGCAAUAUACAAUAAAGAUGACUUCAUUGGGUAUACAUAUGUGCUUUCUAUGAAUUAUUAAAAUAGCAUCAUUAAA